UGAAAAUUAAAAAUCAGCAUUUAAAAAGCAGCCAGAGGGAUCACAUCUGUCAGACUUUAGAUGACUGAGCGAUCUUGAAUCAACUUGGAAGAUGAAUUUCGCCAUUUUAAUGACUGUUUUGCUGUUCAGUGACUUUAUUUUGGCUCAAGAUGUUGGUAAUGCUAAUGAAACAGAAGAUCUAGUGAUAGAUCUUCGUGCAAUGUCAAAAAGAUUCAGAGCUAUGGAAUCCAAGCUGGAGGACAGUGAAACCAGGCUGAAGGACAGUGAAACCCAGAUUCUGGAAUUGAAGAAUAAAGAAAGUACCAAGGUGAUUUUCAGUGCAGCAACAGGAGGAGGAGAUAAAGGCAUCGGACCGUUCAACACAGACACAACUUUAAUCUACAGAACAGUGAUAUCAAACAUUGGUAAUGCCUACAGUCCAUCCACAGGUAUCUUCGUUGCACCUGUUGCAGGUGUUUAUUACUUCACCAUCUUCUAUCAUUCUGGAGGACAAUAUGAGGGACAUCUGUCAAUACACAAUAACAAUAAUGUGAUAGUCACAGCCAGUGAUCACAGUUCAUCAUCUGACACAGCUGAUAAUGGAGGAAACGCCGUGUUCCUGCAGCUGCAGCAAGGAGACCAGGUCUAUGUGCGCAUGAAAGUUAAUUCAUGGGUUUGGGGAAAUGACCACGCUACAACCUUCAGUGGUUUUCUAGUCACUCAAAUGUGAUGAUCUGUACACUGUAUAUCUGUUCAUUCCUGCUUGAAUAUGGAUGUAAAAGUCUCAGAUCACUACAGUAAAUAAUGUUUUAAUCUGAUGAAUCAGAAGGCUGUUAGUCUUCUUUAAUCAUUGCUUCAUUUAGCUCUUUAUGCUGCAAAGCUGACAGUUUGGCUGGAAAAUUAAUGAAAAGUAGAUGCCCCCAACACAUUUACAUUUACAGAGUGAGAAAUAAAAAUGCAAACAAGAAGUAA